CCGUUUCUUCCGUAACGGCCCCAGUCUAUUGUAGGAGUGACUGGGGUUCUAGAACUGCGAAAUUAGGUCACCAUGGCGACGGUAGAGGAGCGCCAGAGCUUCCACGAAAAGGUCAAUGAGGUGUUUAAGAACUUGACGGGAGAGCCAGGAAAGCGCUGGGCUAGGCCUGAUGAGCCCAUUCUGCAUACGCUCAACGAUGAGAAGGAGGAGCCGCACAUUUUCUUCCACAACACCAACUACCGGACUUCUCGGAAGUAUAUUAACAUUGAGAAGGUCAAGAUCCUGAGGGAGCAGGCGCUGGAGUGCGUGCGUGCGGCUGGCACGGCGCGGUACCACAAGUGCCAGGAGGUCAUGAAGCGUCUGCAGGCGGCAGUGCGGGUGUCCUCGAACGUGGACCGCGGUCCGCUGGCACGCAAGCGUGACGUGGGCUUCAUCUACCACAACAACAGGCUCCGUGAGCUUCAGCAGCAGGCCGCUGAGCUGGAGAUUGAGAACCCCUUCCCGGCCCCCGCGAAGAAGACGACCGGGUUCUAAGCGGUUUUUGCUGGCCGCUUCUGGCGACCGCCGGAGUUGGGUUUGGGGACAAGCUUUGGUUGCCGUACUAGGGCGCGUGUUGCGGAUAUGCUGGAGCGUCCCUGGCGUCAGCGCAAGCAUGUGGUGUUGCUUUAGGAGGAGGCUAGGAUGGGAAGUGGGUUUCCUGCAGCGGACGUGCCAGUUGUAUGGGUAUGUGCACCAGCUACACUUGCUGACCUGCUGACCCCACGGCCUCAUAUCCGUUUGUGUGAUGACGCAUCAGCCACGAUGCGCGUGUGUAACUUUAAUGUGUCGAGCUCUUAUGGAGGAUCAGCUGUGUUACAAUGGUUCAUGGGAAUGAUAAGGGUUAACGGCGGGGUACCAAGGUAGCGUGUCCACAUUACACUGUAACCUGCUUUGGCCUCCGUCUGCAGACGCUAUCGUGCUCAUGUAACCAUGCUCAACUGCCACUCA